UAUAUAUAUAUAUAGAAACAUCAGAAAGAUUUUAAUCACUUAUCCAUUCCAAAGAAAACUAAUCAACACAAGUAUAUAUAUACAAAGAAAAAAUGCUUGAUAGCCUUACCGGAGGGUUUGGACACGGGUACGGCCACAAUGACCACAGACGCAGCGGCGGCUACGGCUUCGAGGAGCGCAAGGAGUUUGUGGCUCAUGAGGAGUCAGAAGAAGGCUACUUUGACCGUCAAGCCCGCUACAACCGUCACAUGAGGCUUCCGGCCAACCACGGCCGUCCACCAAUGGCUCACAUGCCUGUCUGUGAUGAAGAAGAGUCAGACGUGGAGGAGUUCUUUGAGAGCAGUCAAAGCCACCACACUACUGUGUUGCCGCACCAUGGCAACAAGCACCACCAACAGCCACCUCAUAUGAACUUCAUGCCCCCACCUCCGAUGGCUCAGCCUCACCACAACGGAAAGAUGGGUAAUGGAUGGCAAGAAGAUGCAUACCACGGUGGCCACAGUGUGCAUGGGAUGCAACAGCACCACGGUGGCCACGAGAUGCAGCACCAUGGUGGCCACGGUGCGCAUGGGAUGCAACAAUAUGGCGUGCAUGGGAUGCAAUCCCAUGGCAAGCACGGGAUGCAAUCCCAUGACACGCACGGGAUGAAGGUUAAGCACCACGACAGGCUUAUGGUUCCGCAGGUUUCACCCCAUAGUGUGUACAUGAACCCCGACCACGGUAGUGGUGGUGGCCAUGCUGUAGUGAUGAAGGCUUCGGAGCAAUGGAGGAUGAGCAACAGCAGCGGUGGCCACCAGAAGGCCGGGUGGGGAAGUAAGGGACUCUGACUGCACCCAAAUACUCUGCCGGCUCAAAUAAGAAAGUAAUGAUUACGUAUGCCAAAAAUAAAUGUAUGCGUGUGUUGAACAUGUUUCAGUAUCGUAUCGAAACCAAACAUGCAUGGGACUUAUACCCAAAAUGUGUUCUUGCUUGUAUAAUGACCUUAUGACUUUACUAAGGAGUGUUGUUGUUUGCUGCUUUUGUUAUAUAAAUUUGAUGAAAGUAUAAAGUACUUAAUCCA